AAUAAAAUAAUAGUGUGGCAGCUCUAGGAAAUAUGGACCGCGAAAACUAGAAAAUGGAAAGGAGAAAGAGGGAGAGUGGGUUUCAACUUUCAAUUCAUUAAUAUAUACAGUAGAAUUGGUUCCCGCGAGGGAAACUCGGAUCAAACAACGCGCCUCUUUCCUCCUCUUUAAUUUUAUUGUUUUUCUUUUUCUUUUUGUAGUUAAAAUUCCCCAGUUUUAACAACAGAAUUCAAAUUCCUCGUUUUUGUUUUUCGUUCCAUUUUUGAAGUUAUUUUAAAAUAGAAAACAGAAAUGGAAGCAGCAAUGGGAUUAAUGAGGAGAAUACACCCGAAGCAAUCGGAAACUGCACUCUCCGCUCUCCUUAGCCUUCUCCCUCACCACUCCUCCGAUCUCCUUUCUCAAGUUGAUCAACCUCUCCAGGUCUUAUGCGAUUUAGAUUCUGGAAAGGAAUUCAUACUGUGCGAAUACAACAGAGAUGCAGAUUCUUACAGAUCACCUUGGUCAAAUAAAUAUUAUCCACCACUGGAAGAUGCACUUUGUCCAUCUGCAGAGCUGAGGAAACUUGAAAUUGAAGCAAAUGAAGUCUUUGCCAUCUAUCGUGACCAGUAUUAUGAAGGCGGCAUCUCAUCUGUUUACAUGUGGGAAGAUGAUAAUGAAGGUUUUGUUGGCUGUUUUUUGGUAAAGAAAGAUGGCUCAAAGACAGGGCAGGGCAGAAGGGGUUAUCUGCAGGAGGGAGCAUGGGAUGCCAUUCAUGUCAUUCAAGUGGGACCAGAAGAGGAAGGAACAGCCCAUUAUUGUUUGACCAGUACUGUUAUGUUGUCUUUGACCACAAAUGAUGAGUCAUCUGGCACAUUCAAUCUCUCAGGGUCUAUUAGAAGACAGAUGAACAGGGACCUCUCAGUUGCAGAUGGCCAUCUUUGUAACAUGGGAGGGAUGAUAGAAGAAAUGGAGGGUAAGCUCAGGAACUCACUAGAUCAGGUUUAUUUCGGCAAGACAAAAGAGAUGGUUUGCACUCUGCGACCCCCAUCUGAAGUUGUGAUGAGACUGCCAAGUAUCUGAUGAUCAAAGGAUGAUGGCAACUGAAAAUACAUAGCAUUUGUCCUAGAAAUUUGCACAACGGUGUGAUUGCUGGAGGAUAUCUGUAGAUUUUUUUUAUUUUUUAUUUUUAUCUCUUUACCUUUUGCUCCUUUAGUUGGGAUCUUGUGCAAAGCUUGUCUUUUCAUAGUAAACUAAGGCAGUUCCUUUUGCACAGGAGAGCAAGCCGUUUGUGUUUUUCUUGUGAAGACAACAUCAUUUGAACCCGUUUUCAGUUUAUUGUAUUGCUGCAUUAUCUACCA